UGCUCUUAAAUGGAUUAUUAAAAAAGUUAAUAAAAUUGUUUGUCAAUCAUAUAAAAAUUAUUUAAUCAUUUGAAAUUCAUUAAUUUCUUCAUCAUCUCUUCAAUUGAAAUUAAUUAAAAGUUAUAAAAAUAAAUUCUAAAAAAAAAAGAGCAGAAAAAAGCGAAAUAAGAAAAUUUCAAUACAAAAUUAUACACAAAAAUAUUUCUUAUUCACUUUUCAUUUGAUAACCAGCACGUACGCCAUCUGUUGUCCGCGUAUAACUGAAUAGCAGGAAAAAAAAAUUUAAAUUGUAUUCGUACAUCUUAUUUUAGUAUUUGUACUAAAAUAAUUUUUUCCUUCAACAAGUAAAAUUUAUAUUACAUUGCAUAUGAGAGUGAUAUGUUAAUUGACAUUUAAAAGGAGCAAUUAACAAAACGGCAUUAAAAAAAAAAUAUGAAUAUAAAUUUAGGAAUAUCAACAGAACCAUCAUUACUUGGUGUUGAUUUACCUAGUAAUGGUGGCACAAUUUCAGAAUCACCAUCGGUUUCCACAUUUCUACCUGAAGAAGAUGCAUCAAUAUGCCCAUUAUUACCGACAACACCGUCACCACCAUUAGUAUUCUCACAUCCAUUAACACCAAGCGCUGGUGAUAAUUGUAGUGACAAUUCAGGUAUUAUACCCGAUACAAAAGCCGAAACAAGUUCAUCGGGUAGUAGUACUGGUAUUGCUAUGGACGUUAAUGAAAAUACAACUGCUACAACAUUAUUUAAUAAAAAUGCUUAUCAUCAUUUGGGAAAAAAUUCUGAUAGUGGAUUUCAUCAAGAAAGUGGGCUCAAACAAAAUGGAAACAUUUUAAAUUUACCUCUCUCAAAAGACGCUCCAUGUUUUGUAUCCUGGAAUUGGCCAUUAAUUAGAAAAUGUACAUUUUUUGUAUUCAUGUCCAGUUUAUUAGCAAUGUGUGCAAUUGUAGUAGCAAUGAUAAUUACUUUACCAAAAACAUGCAAUCCUAAAGCAGCAUGGUUUCGUGGUAGUGUUUUCUAUGAAAUUUUUCCAGCCAGUUUUAAAGAUUCUAAUAAAAAUGGUGUAGGUGAUUUACAGGGUAUAACUAGUCAUGUUGAAGAUUUACAACGUUUGGGAUUUGGUGCAAUAAGAUUAAAUUCAAUAUUUGCUUCAUAUAAUUAUCCAGAUCAAUAUGAAAAUAUUACAAGUUUAUUAGAAAUUGAUAAAAGUGUUGGUACACCAGAACAUUUAGAAGAGUUAGCAAUGGCAUUACAUAGCAAAAAUAUGUCUUUAAUACUUGAUUUACCAAUAAAUAUAUAUUUGCCAGAAUUGGAAAAUUUCUUUGAAACUGAUGAAUUCUCUGGAAUUGAUGACAAUGAUACAUAUAGAAUGUCACAAAAAAUGGAAGAUCCUGUUGGUAAUACAAUGUUACAUUGGUUACGAUAUGGUAUAGAUGGUUUUUAUAUAAAAGGAAUAGAAUUAUAUAAAGAUAAAAAUGAUAAAAAUUUAAUUAAAUUUUUCCGUAAUUGGAAAUAUUUAUUAGGAGAAGAUCGUGUUAUCAUUAUUGAUUAUAAUUUUUUUAAUAAUAUGGAUAAAUCAUUAGCAAAAUCUAUUCUUAAUUAUGUUGAUUUAGUUGAAUUUUAUUUAGAUAUAUCAAAGGGUACUAAAAAUAUAAAAGAACAAAUCGAUAGCAUUUAUACACAAAAUGAUUUAAUUAAACCUGGUGAAAAAACUACUUGGAUUCAAUGGUCAUUAGGUGGUGUUAAUAGGCAAAGAUUAUCAAAAGAUAGAACGAGUAAUGCAACAUUGGCAGCAACAAUAAUGCAAAUAAUGUUACCUGGUACACCAAAUAUAUUUUAUGGUGAUGAAAUUUCAUUAAAUGAAUUUAAAGAUCCAAAUAAAGAACAUACAGAAAAUAAAAAUUUACAUCAUUUACCACCAAUGAAAUUUAGUAAUGGAGCACGUUUUACAAAUGGUAGAUCAUUACCAUGGCUACCAGAAAGUAAUGAUUCAGCAUUAGAAAAUGCAAAAGAUAUUAGUAAAAUGAUUAAAUUACGUGAUAGAUCACCAUCAAUAUAUAAAAAUUCAAUUUCUAAAGAUGAUAAUGAAUUUCCAAAUACAAAUAUACGUAGUGGUGAUGAUAUUAUUGUAAUUGAAAGAAAUUACCCAAGACGAAAUAGUUUUGUAUCUGUUUCGAAUUUUGGUAAAAAUAGUGUACAAGUUGAUUUGAGUUCAUUCUUUUAUAGCGGUCAAAUAUUAAUUGGUGGCAAAGAUAUUGGAAAAAUUUAUUUUUCAGAUUUUGAAAUUGGUCCAAUGGAAACUAUUGUCAUUAAAUUAGAUAAAUAAAUUAACUGCUGAAAUCAUAAUGGCAUAUUAAUUAUAUAUGUAUAUAUAUAUAUAUACAUUAUGUACAAAAAUUAUAAGGAACAACAAAUUUACAUCUAACAUGCACAAUUUAAAUCAAACAACAUUGAAAAUGAAAUCAAACUACGAAAACUAUUUAAAAGAGUAAAAAAAAAAUAUAAAUGUAAAAAUUUUUUUAUAUUUUAUUUAUAAUUUUAAAAUUUUAAAUGUUACUUAAUUACACUUAAUA